CUGGUUAUGAGGGAUGUUACAAACUUACCAACGAGAAAUUUGCCAACAACAACAUUGCUGGAGGUGCUAAACUCCAGAAUCUGUACAUGACAUUUGGUAAGCCGAAACUCCCCAAAAAGUGCUCUGUGACUGACGGCAUAUUAAAAGGUGGAACAAACUGGGGUAACAUCGCAACAGAGGAAGAUCGAACCAUCACAGGUAAAUUGCAAGAAAUCAAAGUACAAUCGUACUUCCUCCACGCUAGUCCAGCAUACCUGACCGCGGACUAUGUCGGCGAUGGAAACUGGCAAAAUGGGACAUCUUAUAGCGAUUCUCAUGACGUCUAUACCACUGUAUGGCAUGAAAAUCAGUCCAAGACCAACUUCUAUAUCGUUAGGCAAAACACCAACACCAAGCUCGACGUUACCGAAUUCAAGUUGCGCGUCAACUCGACUGUGUUAGGACAGGGUGUCACGUUACCUUCCUCUGGGUCGCUGAUUUUAGAUGGAAGGGAAUCUAAGGUCAUCGUGACGGACUACAAGUUCGGAUCCUCUAACUUGAUCUUUUCAACUGCAGAGGUUCUGACGUGGGAGACAUUUGAUGGAGUCGAUUAUAUCUAUCUUUAUACAAACCCCUCAGCCAGCGUUGAAAUCUAUGUCGCAUCCAGCCGCAUCACUUCUAACAACUCUGUUCCGGCUGGAUUCAGUGUUAAUGCUACAAGCUCCUAUACUGUUGUCCGCGCGGCUGCGAACCGACCCAACAUCAUCUCAGCCAUACCUUUGGGCUCAGUGACACUCGUAAUUGCCGACAAGUCCGUAGCACUCCAAACCUGGGCCCCUCGCACCAGUAUCGCCAACAAUUUCGCUCGUUAUAACCCCGUUCCUGGUGUCCCAGGUGUAUGGGUCCUUGGACCUCUUCUAGUCCGCACUGCCAGCCUUAACAGGGGAACCCUUGCUUUGGAAGGUGACAUUGAUAAAGCCUCUUCUAUUGACAUUUGGGGCCCUUCGAGCAUCAGCAAAGUUACCUGGAAUGGAAAGAGCGUCAGGGUCUCGAAGAAUAAGCAACUGCAAUCACUCCAUGGAGACCUCUCGAUGGAUGUCAACAAUGUGAAUGUCCCUAAACUGUCUGAUCUUACAUGGAAGUGCCAAGACAAUACGCCGGAGGCCAACCCCGAGUAUGAUGAUUCAGCUUGGGUGGUUGCAAAUAAAACGAGCACUGCUCGACCAUAUCAGCCAUUACAAGGAAAAUAUGUCCUCUACGGUGAAGAGGCAGCUCGAUUGGAUGGUCAGGUGUUGAUGUCCAGGAAGCUAAUUUCACGUUCGCGGCUAUCGUUACCGUCUAUCAUGAUUCUACUGGCAAGUCCUCUGAGUCCCAUCUCGAGCCAAUCUAAUGAAUUGCAUCAGGCCUGUCUUCCGACUAUAACGUCAACGACGAAUUCAAGGUACGAUGUUUCUAGACUUCUCCGUGAUGGCUUAUCUUACACCUAUCAGAAACCCCGUGGUAUUCGAGGGUACAAACUCCUCUCCGAUAACGGGAAUGAUUUCACUAAAUGGACCGUCGCCGGAAAUUACGGUCGCGAAAAUCCCCCAGAUACGGUUCGCGGUCACCUCAACGAGGGAGGCUGGUAUUACGAACGUGUUGGAGCACAUCUUCCCGGAUACGAUGAUUCAUCGUGGAAGAAGUGCUCUCCAUAUCAAGGUCGCAACUCCACUGGUAUCACAGCAUAUAGGACAACCUUCAACCUCAACAUCCCUGACAAUGCUGAUGUUCCACUUGCAUUCGAGUUUGAGCUCGACGAAAGCCAGCAAUACCGCUCAGUGAUUUGGGUUAAUGGCUGGCAGUAUGGAAGCGAAUUAAACGUGAGAAAUGUAGUCUCUAUCGCUCAUUUAAAUACCAUUCCUUUACCUUGUGAUCACUCUCCUGGUGGUGCUUCACAGAAUGAUAUCAUGCUGGGUCAACGUGGAAAGAAAUAA